CCCUGCCCUGCCCUCGACCCAUUCGCGAACUUUCCAAUGUUCAAAUAAAUCACCACCACCCUCACAAACUCUCGUUCCCUUUCUUCUUCUGUCUUCACCAUCCUCUCCCAAAUCGACCUCUACUUUGUCGAGUGUCAUACCACCCUCUUUUACUCUUUUCUUUCUUCCUCUGAUUGAUCCUCCAUCAUGAGGCUCAACGCUGCCCUUACCCCGGCCUUAUGUGCUACCGCACUGCUAGCUGGUGCCGCGUUAGCCCAGGAAGACGUAGAGCCUUCGUCAAGCAUCGUGGAGAAGCCCACUUUUACACCCACCACCCUUAAAGCCCCUUUCCUAGAACAGUUCACCGAUGAUUGGGACACCCGAUGGACACCCUCGCACGCCAAGAAGCAGGACUCCAAGAGCGAAGAGGACUGGGCCUAUGUCGGUGAAUGGGCGGUCGAAGAGCCAAAGGUGCUUCCGGGAAUCAUUGGCGACAAGGGCUUGGUUCUCAAAAACGCAGCUGCUCACCAUGCCAUCUCAGCGAAGUUCCCCAAGGCUGUCGACAACAAGGGCAAGACCCUUGUCGUCCAAUAUGAGGUUAAGCUACAAAACGGUCUAGAGUGUGGAGGCGCCUACCUCAAGCUACUGCGCGACAACAAGGCUCUUCACGCGGAAGAGUUCUCAAACAGCUCCCCAUAUGUCAUCAUGUUUGGUCCUGACAAGUGCGGUGCCACCAACAAGGUUCACUUCAUUUUCCAGCACAAGAACCCCAAGACCGGAGAAUACGAGGAGAAGCAUCUCAAGAGCCCCCCGCAGGCAAAGACCAGCAAACUCACAACUCUAUACACCCUGAUCGUCAAGCCCGACAAUACCUUUGAAAUCCUCAUCGAUAACGUGUCAGCCAAAACUGGCAGCCUCCUCGAGGACUUCUCUCCCGCCGUCAACCCCGACAAGGAAAUUGAUGAUGUUAAUGAUGUCAAACCUGAAGAUUGGGUUGAGCUUGCUCGCAUCCCCGACCCAGAAGCCACUAAGCCUGAAGAUUGGGAUGAGGAGCAGCCAUUUGAGAUUGUCGAUGAGUCGGCCGAGAAGCCCGAUGACUGGCUUGAGGAUGAGCCAUUGACCAUUCCCGACCCUGAAGCUGAGAAGCCUGAGGACUGGGACGACGAAGAGGAUGGUGACUGGAUCCCUCCCCAAGUCCCCAACCCCAAGGGUGACGAGGUCUCGGGUCUCGGUCCAUGGACCAAGCCCAUGAUCAAGAACCCUCUGUACAAGGGCAAGUGGACCGCACCAUUUAUCGACAACCCAGACUACAAGGGGCCUUGGGCGCCUCGCAAGAUCCCCAACCCCAACUUCUUCGAGGACAAGACUCCCGCCAACUUGGAACCUAUUGGAGCUAUUGGCUUUGAGAUCUGGACCAUGCAAUCUGACAUUACCUUCGACAACAUCUACAUCGGUCACUCGGUUGAAGACGCCAAUGCGCUCCGGGCUGAGACUUAUGACAUCAAGCGGCCGAUUGAAGAUGCCGAAGACGCAAAGAACAAGCCCAAGACGCCUGAUGCCAAGACCACGACCCCGGGCCUCACUUUCGCAGAAGAUCCAAUCACCUUUGUCAAGGAGAAGCUCGAAUUGUUUGUCGCUCUCGCCCAGAAGGAUCCUCUGGGAGCCAUUCAGGAAUUGCCCGAAGUGGCUGGAGGCAUUGGUGGAGCGCUAGCCCUCAUCAUUGCCAUCAUCGUGGGAUUGUCCAGCCUGGGAGGCUCUGCCGCACCUAGCAAAGAAGAUAUCAAGAAGACGGCUCAGAAGGCCAAGGAGACUGCAGCUGAUGCCAAGGACAAGGUUGUCGAUGCGGCAGCCAGUGGAGCUGAGGCUGUCAAGACCGAGGUCAACAAGCGAACCACGCGUUCUAGCGGGAGUGCUGAGUGAAGGGCAGGUCGAGUUGCAGGGGAUGUGCUUGAUACUCGAACGAGAUAGCAGGUGCUCUGAUACCGCACAAGGUAACGGAGGGAACGAAAGUGUACUGUGAUUUGCCGUCCAUGAAUGGGGGCCACAUGUAGACGGAGGGAUACAUUUUCAAGGCGCCUGAGGCAGCCAGUGGCCCAACAAAAGUGGAAAUGAAAGCGGCGUCUUUGAACGCGAGUCCAUUGAGGUUCAUGUACAUCAGAAACAUUCGGGGCAAUUUGACACGGAGUUGAAUGACGAUGAUGACGUCGAAUCUAGAGUGUCGCGUUCAAGUUGUCGUGACCGGAUGUGGAAGAAAGUAAGUCACGUGAUAUCAGAUCCCGUGACCGAUGACUGUUUGUAGUGCGGUGACAGUGUGCGUCGUCUGGAAUGUCGUAAGUACCUAUGUACAGAUAUAUCUACCUACGUGCAUGUAUCCGUACAUCAUAGAAUGGGUACCUACCGCAGGUACCUAACGAGCUACCCUUCAGUACCAAACCACUAUCCGUUGACAGUUGCUGAUUGAUAUAAUG